GUGCAUUUCAGCUGUAACCUGUAACAAACACACACAAAAAAAAAACAGCGGUUUAAAUUGUAAAUAAAUAACGAAUUUGAAUUGCGAACCGAAUCAGCUGCUCGUUCGUUGACGGGGUUGGGGAUAAUUUAAGGUUCUGUUCGUUGAGGUGGUGCAGCCGUUUCAGUUUUAUACCAACAAAGAGAGAAAGGAUUGCUUGCAAACAAUAACAGUGGGGAGAGGACAAUGCAAAUUGUAGACAACAGGAAGUACAUACACGAGAUAAGAUUGGAACAAUAAUCAUAUUGUUAAAAAUAUGUCCGACGGUGCGGGUGGAAGCAAGGAGAGCUCUGUGAGUGAGUCCACCACUGCCGGUGGUGCUGGAGCCGCAGACAACAUUCCCAGAGACUUCAGCAGGCUGUCGCUCUUCUCAUCAACAUCCUCUGCCUCGCAGGACGAACAGUUCUGCAGCAAGGGGCACGCAGAGCAUAGUCUCUCUAGCAUGCGGCACUUCCUGCAGGACGAGAAACUCUGCGACGUUGUGCUUGUCGCAGGAGAGAACGGUCCAACGGUGUCUGCCCAUAAAUUGGUGCUCUCAGCUGCAAGCGAGUACUUCGCAGCGAUGUUCACCGGCAAUCUACGCGAAUCUGGAGAAUCCAAGGUGGUCCUACGAGAUAUUAAUGGAGACGUUCUGCACGCUAUCGUCAACUAUUGCUACACCGGUUCCGUCGAUAUCCGAGAAGACAAUGUCGAAACUCUGCUAUCCACGGCUUGUUUGAUGCAGCUUUCUGAGGUCGUGGAGGCCUGUUCUCGUUUCUUGGUGAACCAGCUGCACCCGAACAAUUGUCUCGGCAUCGCCGUUUUUGCAGAACACCAGAACUGCAAUAGUCUUCUGAUAGAAGCAAAUGCGUACACUAAUAGGAAUUUCAUGCAGGUUAUCAAGAACCAGGAGUUCUUGCAGCUAUCCGUUGAUCAAAUCAAGACUUUAUUGUCGAGCGACGAUUUGAACGUCAGUUCCGAAGAGCAGAUAUUUCACGCCUUGAUGGAGUGGAUCCAAUACGAUCCUGUUAAUAGGAAGCCGAAUGUCGGAAAGCUGCUAGGGCUUAUUAAGUUGCCUCUUUUGGAUCCGGCAUUUUUAAUCGACAAUGUCGAGAGUUCGCUGGGUGGUUCCAAUGCUGAUUGUCAGAAACUGAUUAUGGAAGCAAUGAAAUGGCAUUUAUUGCCUGAACGACGAUUGCAGAUGGUGUCGGCAAGAACACGACCCAGAAAAGCAACAUUAGGUCGAUUGCUGGUCGUAGGUGGCAUGGACAAGAACAAAGGGGCGAUGACUAUAGAAACUUAUGAUCCCCGAAGCGACGAAUGGAAGGUGGCUCACGUGAUGAAUGGACGGCGUUUGCAAUUCGGUGUUGCUCUACUUGGCGACAAGCUAUUGGUGGUUGGUGGGAGGGACGGUUUGAAGACAUUGAACACGAUGGAAUGUUUGGACGUAGAGAAUAAUAUUUGGACGCAACUAACUACUAUGAAUACUCAUCGACACGGGCUGGGUGUUGCCGUCCUGGGAGGUCCUAUAUACGCAGUAGGAGGACACGAUGGGUGGAGCUAUUUGAGCACAGUUGAAAGGUACGAUCCUAUAACGCGUUCAUGGAAUUACGUGGCGCCAAUGCGCUAUCAGAGAUGCUCAGCUGGAGUUGCCGUACUCGGCGGUAAGUUGUAUGCGGUUGGCGGUCGUGAUAGCACCUCCUUCCUAAGAACGGUCGAAUCUUACGAUCCGCACACAAAUAAAUGGACUGAAUGUGGUCCCAUGAAUAAACGACGCAGCGGAGUUGGUGUAGCGGUCGUUAACGGAUUCCUGUACGCGAUGCGAGGACAGGACGCGCCUGCCAACAAUCCAUCUGCCUCCAGAUACGAUUGCAUCGAAAGAUAUAAUCCAGCGACCGACAGUUGGACCGUUGUUACUUCGUUACCGACGAAACGAGACGGCGUUGCAACAUGCCUCUUCGGCGAUAAACUGAUUACUGUGGGCGGCUACGAUGGCAACAAUUACCUUCGCACCGUCGAACAGUACGACCCUAACACGAUGGAGUGGAUCACAUUAGCUCAACUCGCAACAGGUCGAGCCGGUGCCUGCGUCCUACCCAUCGCUAACCCGAAAGAAGCAGACUGAAACUUUUUACAGGCACAAAGGAGACAUAAUUUCAACAAAAAGAAAAACCUUCUGUGAUUUACAUUCUAUUAAUAUUUAUAUUUCGAAAUCAAACCCCAAAUAACUUGUAUUGCUCAAAUUGACUAUCCCUCCCCACUCUACUUUAGUAUAAACAAAACAAAAAUGACUGACAUGAUGUGAAAAAAAA